CACAGCGCGCAGCUGCGAGGAAACAGGAAGUAAACAAUGUAGAACACAGAAGUGAUCCAGAUUAUGAUGUCCACUCGAAACGGGAUGUCCAGCGGAGGAAUCUCAAACAACAAGGUGAAGUAUUCCAGAGUAGCAGACAGCGAUGAAGGCUACAUUGAUCUACAGUUCAAGAGAAGUCCACCCAAAGUUCCAUACAAAGCCAUCGCACUGGCAAUGUUCCUGUUCCUGGUUGGGUCUUUACUGAUUAUUAUCGGGUCUUUGCUUUUGGCUGGCUCCAUUGAAGUUACACAUCGGGAUCGCACGAUUCCCGUCCUCAUCAUCGGAAUCCUUAUAUUUCUGCCUGGUUUCUAUCACUUGAGGAUCGCCUAUUACGCCUCCAAGGGUUACCGUGGUUACUCAUAUGAUGACAUUCCAGACUUUGAUGAUUGACCCUACUGCAGGCAAAGAUGGCCAGCAUGCUGACCAGCCAUCUGAAAUCUCUGGACACCUGCUGUUUCCUUUGUGUCCUUAUGGCCAAAGCUGCAUGACAUGCCUUUGUAUUUUCUCCCUGUGUGAAUCUUUAGUUUUCCUCCAGCAGGGAACCCGCAGCCAGCUUUAGAAUAUCUGAGGUACAGCAUGAGCACAGGAGUGUAUGUGCUUCCUUUAGUUCUUGUACCAAAGUCUGAAUGUACCUCUGUGUUAUACAAAACAGAGUAUUUAUUUUAGCACUAUGUAUGAAAAGCCAAAAAGAAAUAGUGGACAUCAUCUUAUCCAUUUGCUCUAUUUGCUCCUAUGAGGAGUUUAUGUGAUGAUGUGUAUUGAGCUGCGAGAACCAGUGUUGUACUUUGUCAGUGGUUUGAAAAAUGAAGAAGCAACAUAAUAGUUGUGGUUGAUUUUAGGGUUUUGAGAAUUUAUUCACCAUUCAGCAUUUCUGAGAGCGCCAAUGGUCUGUUUAUGGGUACUUUCAGAAUAGAAACAUGCAUAAUUAAUUAUUUUUAGGUUAGUAAUGCUUGUUUGAUUAAGAGUAGGGCUGUCAUGUUUAAUUAAAAUGUAUCUUUUCAUUGAA